AUGGCCGAGACUCUCGUGGAUCUACUCAACCUCCGUGUAGUGGAAGACGAAAAAACAACAUUGGCGUAUCUGUCGUAUCUAGCUGAGCAGUCCGCCGACGUCCUGAACUUAUCGGAGCCUCAACGUCUUGCCCAAGCCUCGCAGUCUCUGCUGCUAUGCGUGCAGUCACUGUCCAAGCGUUCGUUUAAACCUGUUGUCGAGUCAUCUUCCUGCCUUAGCUCCCUGCGGCAAACAUUACCUGUCCUCGCGCAGCGGGCGACAGAGCUGAGCCAAUCCGUCCCUCGGCUUGACCAAGAGGCCGAAAGUUUCUCGACUACAUUCAGCAAGGUUAGCGAGGGUACGGUGGUCGCCCGUAGGAAGCAGGCCCUCCUCCUACUGCAUAACGCGGAGCGCCUGGUUGAUGUUAUGGAACUCCCCCCCCUACUUGGCUCGGCUGUCAAAACGAACCCCGUUAGCUAUUCGUCUACCCUCGAUCUGUACGCCCACGUCCGCCGCCUUGCCUCAUUCUAUCCCUCGUCCAAACUAGUCGCAUGCGUGUUGGCCGAGGCUGAUACGGCUAUCCGGCAGAUGGCUACCGACCUCGUUGUUGCCUUAAAAGCUCCGAAUCUCAAGCUCGCCGCUGGUCUUCGCACGGUCGGUUGGCUUAAACGCAUUGUGCCUGACCUGGUCUCUAAACCCCCCUCGGAAGAUGUUCUACUCGCCCUGUUCCUCGUCUGUCGCCUGAUGACACUAUUGAACACGCUCGCGGCCCUGGAACCUCUACGUGAGUUAGCAGACCAGGAACGGCUCCGUCUGAAGGGAGCAGCGCAUGCGUUGAGUGGCGGCCAACAAACGGAGCGCUACCUCAGACGCUUCAUAGAGAUAUUCCGCGAGCACAGUUUCAACAUCGUUUCCAUGUCCAAAAGCGUUGAUAACAGCUUUAAUACGCCACCUGUUACCAAGAACGAUGAUAUGCUCACUCUACUCCCGUUAGCUUUGUCUGCUUUUCCGCUGCAUCUGGUUGGUCUGUUGCUUGAGACGCUAGAUAAUCAUCUUCCAACCAUCAGAGAUCAGGCGUCUCGUGAUAGUAUCGUUACCCAAGUCCUCUACUGCGCCGGAAGUUUGGGAAGACUCGGCGCUGACUUCAGCAUGCUGCUUGCUACGGCCAAUGUCAACGAGUGGGUGGAUGUUGUCAAGCGCCAUCGGUUGCUGGCCGGGAGGCUUGAAUCUGUUAUUGGCGACUACCGUAACCACCAGCACGCCAUGACCUCCGUUUCUAUAACUGCCAACCCCAUUAAUCAAGCCUGA